AUUCCAAAAAUGACAAUAAAUUUUAAAAAAUAAUCAAUCAACAUUAGUUAUUGAAUUGACACAAGGCAGACAUAGUUGCUGCACAGCUAUUAGCCAUAAAUGUCCAUGCCUUCAAAGGUCCAGGCUUAUAAAGUCUUAAACAAUUUGCUCCAGGCGAUGGAGUUCCUGUAAUCAUCGAUGCUAUUCCAGAAUACACUGCAACUGGUUCUGGAUAGUAAGCAUACCAUGCAGUUCCAUCAUGAAGUCCAUUCAGCCAGAAGUUUGUGUCUACUUGAGCAGCAAUAAGAGCAAAAGCAUUAAAUGCUGUCCAUUGCUUUCCAUUGACCAUAGCUAGCUGAAUCAUUCCAUUUUGAUGGCAUUUAUUAUAAGCUUGUUGGAAUGUGAAUGCUCCAUUGACUAUGCAGGCUGUUACUGCCAUACCUAAAAAUGAGUACUGCUUGUUACAAAUUCCUGUAUUAAGCGGUGGAAGGGUAGUUGUUGUUGCAACCGUUGUUGUUGUGGUAGAUGCUACGGUUGUGGUAGAUGCUAAGGUUGUAGGAGCUUCAGUUGUUGAUGCUAAAGUUGUAGGAGCUUCAGUUGUUGGUGCUAAAGUUGUUGGAGCUUCAGUUGUUGGAGCUAAAGUUGUAGGAGCUUCAGUUGUUGGUGCUAAAGUUGUAGGAGCUUCAGUUGUUGGUGCUAAUGUUGUAGAAGCUUCAGUUGUUGGAGCUAAAGUUGUAGGAGCUUCAGUUGUUGGUGCUAAAGUUGUAGGAGCUUCAGUUGUUGGUGCUAAAGUUGUUGGAGCUUCAGUUGUUGGAGCUAAAGUUGUAGGAGCUUCAGUUGUUGGUGCUAAAGUUGUAGGAGCUUCAGUUGUUGGUGCUAAUGUUGUAGAAGCUUCAGUUGUUGGAGCUAAAGUUGUAGGAGCUUCAGUUGUUGGUGCUAAAGUUGUAGGAGCUUCAGUUGUUGGUGCUAAAGUUGUAGGAGCUUCAGUUGUUGGUGCUAAAGUUGUUGGAGCUUCAGUUGUUGGUGCUAAUGUUGUAGAAGCUUCAGUUGUUGGAGCUAAAGUUGUAGGAGCUUCAGUUGUUGGUGCUAAAGUUGUUGGAGCUUCAGUUGUUGGUGCUAAUGUUGUAGGAGCUAAAGUUGUUGGAGCUUCAGUUGUUGGUGCUAAUGUUGUUGGUGCUAAAGUUGUAGGAGCUUCAGUUGUUGGAGCUUCAGUUGUUGGUGCUAAAGUUGUAGGAGCUUCAGUUGUUGGUGCUAAAGUUGUUGGAGCUUCAGUUGUUGGUGCUAAUGUUGUAGAAGCUUCAGUUGUUGGAGCUAAAGUUGUAGGAGCUUCAGUUGUUGGUGCUAAAGUUGUUGGAGCUUCAGUUGUUGGUGCUAAUGUUGUAGGAGCUAAAGUUGUUGGAGCUUCAGUUGUUGGAGCUUCAGUUGUUGGUGCUAAAGUUGUUGGAGCUUCAGUUGUUGGUGCUAAUGUUGUAGGAGCUUCCGUUGUUGGUGCUAAAGUUGUAGGAACUUCAGUGGUCGGAACCACUGUUGUAGGUACAUCAUUUGCACAAUAUGAUGCCCAAUUUGCAGCUUCUUGCGUUGCUUGAGAUUGUAAGUUACUUAAUGUUGCUGAGCAUGUUGCAAAAUCAAUUGUCAUCAUGUCAUUAAUUAAAGCUUGAACUAAACCGAUUAAAUUUGUGAAAUUUGCUACGAAUGGUGGACAUCCUGUCUGUGUUCCAUUGUAAGUCUGAACUGACUGUAGUAAGGCAUUCAGUUGGGUAAGAAGCUGCUGCAAUGGAGUUGUUAAGGCUAGACGUGGAUCAAUUGUUGUUGGAAUCUCGGUUGUUGGGACUUCGGUUGUUGGCGCUAAAGUUGUUGGGACUUCGGUUGUUGGUGCUAAAGUUGUUGUGACUUCGGUUGUUGGCGCUAAAGUUGUUGGAAUCUCGGUCGUAGGAACUUCAGUUGUAGAAACCACAGUUGUAGGCACAUCAUUGGCACAGUAAGAAGCCCACGCUUCAGCCAGCUGACUUAAGAAACUUUCUAGACUUGCCAGGUUUGCAGAUCCAAUUGAAAAGUCAACUGUGAACAUAUUAGCGAUCAAGCUUUGUAGCUGAGCAACUGCAGAUGUUGCAUUGCCAACAAAUGAAGGAACACCAACUUGUGAUCCAGAAUAACUUUGCAUGCUCAAUAUCAAUGCAUUUAAAUUGGCAAGAAGUUGAUCUGCUAAAGGUCCUAAAGCUAAACGAGGAUCGAUUGUUGUUGGAGCUUCAGUUGUUGGUGCUAAAGUUGUUGGUGCUACAGUUGUUGGAGCUUCAGUUGUUGGAGCCAAAGUAGUUGGUGCCAAUGUUGUAGGAACAUCAUUAAUGCAAUAAGAAGCCCAUGCAGCAGCAAGUUGACUAAAGAAAUUUUGCAAGUUUGUCAAAGUUCCAGAACAAAUCGAAAACUCAAUUGUGAACAUGUUUGUAAUCAAAUCUUGUGCCUGAGUAGCUGCUGAUGAUGCAUUACUGACAAAUAAAGGAACUCCAGCUUGAGAUCCAUUAUAACUUUGCAUGCUCUGCAAUAAUGCAUUGAUAUUGGCAAGAAGUUGUUGAGCUAAAUUAACCAAAGCUAUGCGUGGAUCAAUGGUUGUUGUUGUAGUUGUAGUUGUUGUAGAAGUUGUUGUUGUGACGUCAUUUGUGCAAUACAAUGCCCAGUUUGCAGCCUCUUGUGCUACCUGUGAUUGUAGGCUACUCAAUGUAGCUGAGCAUGUGCCAAAGUCAAUUGUCAUCAUGUCGUUAAUUAAAGUUUGAACUAAACCGAUCAAAUUUGAGAAAUUAGCUACGAAUGAUGGACAUCCUGUCUGUGUUCCAUUGUAAGUCUGAACUGACUGUAGUAAGGCAUUCAAUUGUGCAAGAAGCUCCUGUAAUGGUGUUAUUAAAGCUAAGCGUGGAUCUUUGGUUGUUGUGGUUGUUGUAGAUGUUGUUGUCGAUGUGACAGUUGUUGUAGCAAUCGUUGUUGUUGUUGCUAAGACGGUUGUUAAAUUACA